UUGUGCCAGGGCCCCAGCAUCUGAUUUCCCUUUCGUCUUUCAAUAAAAUGAACCAUCUCAAUAGUCAUUGAUAAGAUGUUUACCGGUUUUAGGAAAAUUAGGGUUCGUUCUAGCAGUCGUAACAAAGUGUUCGUGCAUGUGCGGGUCUGACUCGCUGCUCACACACUGCAUUUCGAUUGAUCGUUGAUGGUCAUAAUGGUCGUUAUGACCCAACCUCUUGUCUUGUCGCCCGCCGUGCUGGAGAGUUCUAGGGUGCAUGUACCUUUUCCUAAGUUGUGCCAGGACACUACACUCUUGCCAUAGUAAUUAAAUUUUGCUUUCGGAGGAUCAGGUCAGCAAUAGCUCUUUUGAGAUUCUAGCAACAAACUUUCACCAUGCCUUCAGGAUACAAGACCACUACAAAGUUGGUUCGGCGUUGGUACUGCUGUUACAGAACCCAGACCUUCUUCCAUCCCCUGCGCAGCGCUUGGUUGCGCUCUUCUAUCUCUGGGAGAUGCAUCGUAACGAGCCAAUAGGAAACAAUCCAUUUGCUCCAGUAUUCUCUCACUUGCUCGCAUUUGCAGAGGAUGACACUGCCAACAAUCUGGUCAGAAUGCCGCCCAUCGGGAAGGCAGAGAGAUACUUCUUGUCGCAGCUAGUCUCAUCAUCUGGAAGCCCACAGAGAGAGCUCUUUAAGAAAGUCCCUCGGCAGAUCGUCGUGAUGGACCCGGGAUCCAAUCCACCACCCAUCGACCUGAGUGGCCUCCAGGUUGCCUUGGCCGAGCGGCAGUCUGAGUUGCCUCUACAGAGCCGGGCUGGCCUGUCCUGCAUCAUGAGCGAUCCCGAUCCAGAUGUCGGGUCUACCUACGAUGCGGAGAUGGCGUCCAGCGUGAUGGAGAGUCUUAUGUGCGGCAACAAGCCGCCCAUGGAAGCCAGCUUCCGACCAGAAUUGAUCAGGUUACCCCCGCCACUACAUGUCUGCGAGGAUGAGUUGGUGUGGAUGAACCCAGUUACGGGGGAUCAUAACCUCGCCUGGGAUCACACCAUGUGCGUCAACAAUAGCGCGGGGAUCGAAGUCAAGCGACUGAUGACCAAGGCCUUUAAAGAGACGCUGUUGCUUCCCCAGCAGCAACAGUUGCUCAGUGAGCUGGAGAAAGAUCCCAAACUGGUCUACCACAUCGGGCUGACACCCCUCAAGCUUCCUGGUCUGGUGGAACACAAUCCUAUCGUUGCCAUUGAGGUUCUUCUGAGACUGAUGCAGUCCAACCAGAUCACAGAAUACUUCUCUGUGUUGGUCAACAUGGACAUGUCACUCCACUCCAUGGAAGUGGUCAACCGACUCACAACGGCUGUUGAGUUGCCGCAGGAGUUUGUCCACCUCUACAUCUCCAACUGCAUCACAACGUGCGAGACCAUCAAGGACAAGUACAUGCAGAACAGGCUGGUCAGAUUGGUUUGUGUAUUUCUCCAGUCUCUCAUCCGAAACAAGAUCAUCAACGUCAAGGACUUGUCCAUCGAGAUGCAGGCUUUCUGCAUCGAGUUCAGCCACAUCCGGGAGGCAGCGGGCUUGUUCCGCCUGCUGAAGACGCUGGACAGCGAGCAGCAACAACAGCAGCAGCAGCAACAGCAGAACCAACCGCCCUCCCAGGCAACCUCCCACAAGAAGUAGAUGCACACGCUCGUCUGAUCCGACAUGGCGUUGUAGUCGAGUACUCUGCGAGUACCAGAUAUAAUGGAGUACCGAAUUGAAAGUGUCCCACGCUCAAUUAUGCAUGUAAAAGGAAAGUGCAAGAAUCAGGGUGUGAACUGACAUGCGCGCCUAUUCCAUUCGUUCGCUUAAUGCUUCCUGCGUCAAAAUGGCGUCGCCCUACCAUACUCUAUCUGCCUUGAGCAUAUCAACAGCACCCCUUCAUCGCUUGGAAAGAGCCAUUUGUCAGUUGGGAGUAUUUGUUUUGUUGAUAUUGACCCAACCAUAACAAGUGCAUUUUAUCGUCAUUUGUGAACCACCAAAGUGUGGUUCCCAUCAUAGGAGCCUCUGUUGCUUGGCGAAUGUGCCCUGCUUGGUUCAGCGAGGGGCGCAUGGACAGACAGCAAAAUGCUUCCCUAAAAGAAACUAGCAAUCUUGUUAAACCUAACCUUCCCGAAUCUUCCAAAAUCUCAAGUAGAGCAUUUUGAAUCAUUGAGCAAACAUGCAGCUGAUCUUGGAGGUUGUUUUUUUGUCAAGGUUUUGGGUCAAACUUUAUAUAUUGUUUACACUCAAGCCAGGGCCAUAUUUAGGCCCGGUUCAUACUUUGAAGCAUACAUACUGUUCCUGGAUAUCGUUCACUUUGUCCCAGCGUAAACACAGAAAUUGCCGGAGGAUGUUGAGGGAUUGAGGCAGUGAUCACCCGGACCUUCACCCUUUUACGGAAGAAAUAAUUGUGGACUCGGGAGGACUGACGUUGUAUUAUAAUUUUCGUCACCAACACCACGAACUGACACACAUGUUCACUUUUGUGCCAGUUCGUGAAAAGCGUGAUGAGAGCAGUUUUGGUGUCACGAAGUGACACAAAUGUGUGCGCGCGCAUAUUAUACACUUCUGCAUUAUCGAACAAUCUCGUUUCACGAAGAAGCACAAAUGUGUGUUUUGUCAGUAUUGCAUAGAAAAAAAAACUUGAAAUGUCUAAAAUGAUUUUAUUUUACCCGUAAAUGGGUGACUUAACGGGAAACAAAAAUGCUCUGAAAACUCGUAUCUGUGUAAAUUAAGGAGAACGUCAAUUUCUGAAUACGGCAAAUCACGGACCACGUGACGCAAGACAUUAGUGCUUCUUCGUGAAAACGAAAAUAUCACAUUUUAUAAAAUACACGUUGAAGCGCGCACACAUCUCACAGAUUUGUGUUACCUCAUGGUGUUGGUGACGUUUUGUAUGAGAGUAGUUGGAGGACUUUGAAGCGCUGGUGUUACGUCCGAGCUGGGGGUCCGUAAUUACAUUUUUAUAGCACUUUCCAUUGUUUGUACCAAAUUUCACAUAGUGGUCGUUAAUGUUUCCCGCCCAUCAGGCAACCCCCUGUACAAAUUUAGAUAGGGAUCUGCUCUUGUUCUUAUUUUUCGAGUACUUUUUGAGUGCCUCAGCCCCGAGAAGUUUGAAAGUACCCUUGAGCAUCCAAAGUAUUGGGUUUUCAUUUUUUAAUACAUGUAUUGAUUUUUUCGCUUCUUAAAGAUAGUAUUUGUGUCACUUUCAUCGUGUCUAACAGCUCAAUAUUUUAGUGCUGAACAAAAUACUCGAAAAGUGAAUGAACUCGGCUACAGCUCUGAAGUACAUGUUAGGCCUGUGAGUGAAUGUCUUGGCCGAAUUCUGACGAAAACUGCUUUGGUCAUUUUUCCAUGUAAAAAGUACGGUAUGGCUCUGAAUUUUUCUCUUGUUGUUAUGGAAAGGAAGUUUGGGAGGGGGAUUGAAAGGGAACUUGCAAUUUUUUCCGGGCGGGGGUUUCCAUGCUGAGCGUCUUGUGUUGCGAUGUUGUUCCAGUCAUAUGACACCACUCCCAUAUACAUGUAUCGGGUCCUGUGCAAGUAGAAGGAUUUCACGAAGCACGUGACCGCUCACGUGACCUUGCAUGACAGACCAAAAGCUGUUAAUACAUGUACUGUAAAUAAAAUUGCACUUUUAGACAUUUUGUCACCCCACCACGCCCCGUUUUGUGCCGCACGUCACCCCCCUGAAUACGAUGCAAGAAUUCCUGUAAUGCACCGUCAGUGGGAAUUACCGUCAAAUCUCGGGAACAGGGAAAUGGCAGGCACCCUCCAGUCACUUAGGCCCCUAUCUGUCUAAAACGUAAUCAGAACAGAGAACGAAUUUCACCGAUUAUGCAGUUCCCAAUUCUUUACUCCACGAUUAUGCGGUCAACGCCGACGUGCGUUAUCGAUUGACUCUUCUUUCCCAAAACAAGUGAAUUGACUGCUUCCCUUCAAGUCAGCACAGCUGUUGCGUGUAUGUAUAAUUUUGUAAAUAAAACCUGGACCGUUGACUUUCAUCCUUUUCUGA